CGCUCGCGUCGCCCCCCCGAUUCGGCUUCCCUCCCCAACCCCCGCUGUGGCUGCGAAAAAGAGGGUGGGGAAAAGGGUUCCAGACUCUGUGAAUUUAGGGCAUGGAUGGUGGUCACCCUUUUCCUUCCAUAUGAUACAACCAUACAAAGUCAUGCAGCGUCAAAAACAAAGCCACAAACGUCACUUUCCCCGUCCUCUGGCGACCCGCUAUCUGCAUUCUAAAAGCCUGUUUCCACUCCCAGAUCCAUAAAAGGCCGCCCUCGAGGUUAAUUCCCUCGCUUUCUCCAACGCAACGAUCUAGCACAAUCUCAUAACUGCAGCUUCACCGCUCACUAGCCCGGCGACACCUAUCCGCCCUUCUAUCUCUCACUUUGCUAGCCAGCUCAACCGCCCAACAAUGCCUCUCCGAGCCCCAGCCUUCUUCCGCCGUCGUCGCGCCACAACGGCCGCAGCGCCAGUUACCGUCGCCGACAUGCACCGAAAAAAAGGUCUUGCCUGCCGCCCCAUGCCCAUCCUCCUCACCCUCCUCUCCAUCGGCGCCCUUGCCCUCGGCAUCAUCUCCUUCCGCACCGCCGACUCAUGGUACAGGCAGGACGUCGGUAUCAACGUCGCACCCGCCGCUGGAGGAAACGCUGGAGUCGGUUUCCCUAACCAGAUGGCCUUGAAAGUAGAUUUGAACUCGUGGUGCGUGGACGGUCUGCCUGCUAGCGUCCGUGUCCCUCAGAUCGACCAGUCGGCCCCUGGAACUUGCAAACCUAUCGACAUGUGCUCCAUUAUUGGCGACUCCUGCUGGCUCACUCAGGCGGGAAAGCCCGUCCUCAUUGUCUUCAUGGCUGCCACGGCUGCGUCAAUCAUCCUCGCAAUGAUGCUCCUCUGCAACAUCCCCGUCCUCACUCUCAUCAACUACAUCCUCCUCCUCGCAACCUCUAUCGCCGCCAUCGCCUGCGGUGUCGCCAUCCUGGUCUACUUCUCGAAGCUUACCACCAUCGUUCCCCCACGCAUCCCUGACAUCGUCCGCACCAUCGCCGGUCCCGCGUCGGGAGUCGUCAGUGGUUACGACGCCGGCCACUCCUACAUGCCCCCACGCCUGUGGUUGAUCAUCGCCACUGCCUUGAUGUCCGCCGUGUUCCUGCUGACUCUGAUCAACGCUUGCAUCGAGCGAUGCGGUCGUCGGGUCACUUCUCACCACCUGAGGAAGGCUGGCCGUCAUGAGGUUGUCCAAGUUUAAAAGUCCGACAAGUUAUCGCAUAUCGAGCACAUUUUGGCCUUAACACACCGCAUGGUUAACAUGC